UUAACUACUGCUUCUUUACCACAUCUACUCUUUAUAUAAUAACAACCAUGCCAAUCAUAUAAUCUAUGUCUUGUAAAUUUCAUCAACCCAACUUUAUUUCAGAUGAAAGAUCAGCUGAGCUUUUCAGCUUUUACAAGAGAUGAAUCCAACAUGGGAAUGAUAAUGGUAGUAGCUUCCAUGAUUUUGUCAUGGCUUUUCAUCUACAGAUGGAACCAGAGAACGAAAAAAGGCCCAAAAACAUGGCCAUUGGUGGGAGCUGCCAUCGAACAACUGAUGACUUAUGAUACAAUGCAUGAUUGGCUAGUAAAAUAUCUUGAAGAGUCAAGAACUGUGGUGGUGCCGAUGCCAUUUACAACAUAUACUUACAUUGCUGAUCCUGCCAACGUCGAACAUGUGCUGAAGACAAAUUUUGCUAAUUACCCGAAGGGUGAUGUAUACCACUCAUACAUGGAAGUAUUGCUUGGAGAUGGUAUAUUUAAUGUAGAUGGAGAGCUUUGGAGGAAACAGAGGAAGACAGCAAGCUUUGAAUUUGCUUCUAAGAACUUGAGAGAUUUCAGCACACUAGUUUUCAGAGAAUAUAGCCUCAAACUCUCUGAUAUUCUGAGUCAAGCAUGUUUUCAGAAUCAAGAAGUAGACUUGCAGGAAUUAUUAAUGAGGAUGACUUUGGACUCCAUCUGCAAGGUGGGAUUUGGUGUUGAAAUUGGAACACUAGCUCCUCAUCUACCAGAAAACCGUUUUGCGCUGGCAUUUGACACUGCAAACAUAACUGUUACCCUACGAUUUAUAGAUCCUUUAUGGAAAGUGAAGAAGUUCCUCAAUGUGGGCUCAGAAGCUGUUUUAGACAAGAGCAUUAAAAUCAUAGAUGAUUUUACUUAUUCGGUUAUCCGCAGGAGAAGGGCGGAAAUAGAAGCUGAAAAGAUUAAUAAAAUGGACAAGGUAAAGAACGAUAUACUGUCGAGGUUCAUUGAACUAGGAAAAGACCCUGAAAAUAACAUGACUGAGAAAAGCCUCAGAGAUGUUGUCCUGAACUUUGUUAUUGCUGGAAGAGACACCACUGCCACAACUCUGACCUGGGCAAUAUACAUGAUCAUGACACAUGAUAAAGUAGCAGAGAAGCUACACUUAGAUCUCAAAGCUUUUGAAGAAGAGCGGGCUAAAGAAGAGUGUGUGUCAUUACAAUCUUAUGAGACAAAUGACCCUGCAUCUCUCAGUCAGAGACUGAAGCAAUAUGCAGGACUCAUGAAUUAUGACUCACUAGGAAAGCUACACUACUUGCAUGCAGUGAUCACAGAAACACUUCGACUGUACCCUGCGGUCCCUCAGGAUCCAAAGGGUAUCUUAGAGGAUGAUAUAUUGCCUGAUGGAACCAAAGUAAAAGCAGGAGGAAUGGUGACUUACGUGCCAUAUUCCAUGGGUAGAAUGGAGUACAACUGGGGUCCUGAUGCAGCUUCAUUUAAACCUGAGAGAUGGCUCAAAGAUGGGAUUUUCCAAAGUGCAUCUCCAUUCAAGUUCACUGCAUUCCAGGCUGGUCCGAGGAUUUGCCUAGGAAAGGACUCCGCAUAUCUCCAAAUGAAGAUGGCAGUGGCGAUUUUGUGUAGAUUUUUCAAAUUUGAAUUGGUACCCGAUCAUCCAGUGAAGUACAGAAUGAUGACAAUAUUAUCAAUGGCACACGGGCUAAAAGUAACAUUAGCUAUACGCCCUUAAAAUUGUUGAUGUGGUCAUAGAUCACAUUGUCUGGUACAGAAUUUAUAUAUUGUAAUAUGGAACUGGUACAAUGAUUUCCAAAGUAGUUACUUUAUGCUUGCCUGGUCAAUGAAGAAACCGGUAAACCUUGUAAACAACUAAUAAAUAUAAAAGAUUAACACAAAAUGUCAUAUAUCCUUACAUCAAGACCUUGUAAUCUAUUUUCUAUCAAACAAAUGCGGGGCUUCUGGCUA